AUGGAGGGGACCAAAGACCGGCUUAAUCAGCUGGCAGAAGUGAUAGGCAGGGUGCUCCCCGAAGCCCAGGAUGCCGUGGCAGAGCCUCUGUCUGUGUUUAGGGUCACGCUCUGUGCGAUGACUGUGAAUUUGAAGCUUGCUGUAGGUGACAGGGACUCUUGUGAAGUGGGUGCAGAUAAGUCCGUGAACAUCUGUCAUGCCAAGGAAACUCGGGGUGAAGCCGUGGGCGACUUGGAGUCCAGUCCUGAAGCCGGGCCCCCUGCCCCGACUGCACGUGCCACAGGAAAUGCCGCCGGUGGGGGCCAGUGCAGCGUGGCCGACACAGCCACUCGCAGCCGCUGCUUGUCCCUGACGGCUCAGUGCACAGGGGCGGCCAAGGAGAUCAAGACCAAGUUGGGACUUCUCCUCCAGAAGCCGGAGGCCGCUGUCGACCUUGUCGCUCCGUGCAGUGAGAAGCCGGCCAAGACCCAAAAGCCGUCGCUGGAGGAGGCCGUGCAGUGGCGAGAGUCCCUGGACAAGCUCCUGCAGAAUAACUAUGGGCUUGCCAGCUUCAAAAGCUUCCUGAGGUCCGAGUUCAGUGAGGAGAACCUGGACUUCUGGAUGGCCUGCGAGGACUACAAGAAGACCAAGUCGCCCGCCAAGAUGGCUGAGAAGGCACAGAAGAUUUACGAGGAGUUCAUCCAGAGCGAGGCGCCUAAAGAGGUGAACAUCGACCACUGCACCAAGGACAUCACCCUGAAGAACCUGGCGGAGCCUUCGCCCAGCAGCUUCGACGCGGCCCAGCAGAGGGUCCGAGCGCUGAUGGAGAAGGACUCGCUGCCGCGCUUCGUCCGCUCCCCACAUUUCCGCGAGCUGCUGGGCCACGGCCUGGCUGCGCCGUGA